GGCCCGAAAUUCAAGCUAAACGGACGCGUUUUCGUCGCGAGUUUAACCGCUGCAAAAAUAUCAACAAUAAGUAUAAAUUGCCGCGGGUACUGAGUUCAUAUGAUGAUCGAGUGAUUUUUUUCAUCGUACAAUUAACGUCCUUCGAAAUAGGAUAUAUUCGAGUAUUCCGGGUCGCGAGUAUUUAAAAAAAAGGAUUUGUGUAUACCGAAAGGGCUAAACAAAAAGCUUUUUAAAGAAAUUUGCAUUUUCAUCUUGCGCAAAAGGCAAACCAAACACACAAAAAAUGCUGACACCGAUGAGGCCAGCGGUGGGUUGAUUGGCUGACAACCACGACGACGUCCACGGACGAGAAGAAAAAGCUAGACACGCUUCAGUGCAUCGAGUGGGAGGAAGUGGAAGUGGAAGCGGAUUUGCAGUUGACAGUGGGGAGCCGGAGCAGCAUCACCUGGCUCCACUUGAGUACGAAAAAAAGUUUGAAAAAAGAAAAAAAAACUGCAGAAAAAGAGCACUACAAACAUCCCGCCACAAUGACAAAUGUUUGGAUCGGAGCCAGGCUUUAGGUGUAGAGCAGGUUUAAUCAAACAACAAAAAGAAAAGCCGAGGGGUCCAGCGAGGAGCAGGAGGAAGGACACCACAUAGCACCUGAAUUGACCAGGAGAAAGUUUAAUCAUGGAGAAACCGAUGCAUCAUGCACCCGCUCCCGUGGGUAAGGUGAGCCAGAUAGCCAACAUCUUCCAGCGCAAGCCCAUCGAGAUCCAGCCGGUGGAGCAGCUAAGCGCUGUGGCUGCCGCCCACGCCGCUGCCGCCGCCGCUGCUGCUGCUGCCCACCACGCCCACGUCCAAGGAGCUCCGGCAGUGCGAACGGAAUCCCACUCCGCCAGGUUCAAUAACGCCCGGGCUCUGUUCGAGAAAUUGGGCGUUGAGUCCAACUCGAAUGUUAGCUCUCGACUGUUGAGAAGUGGUUCGCGGGAGGACAACUUAUGUGACGGCUCGGAUCGAUCGUCCUCACGCUCCUCGGAUCGCUCACAGUCGCCGCCCAAGCGGAGGACUCCGUUUCCCUCCGGGGUAUCACUCGUUCACAACAACAACAAUGCCGCCAUUGUGGCCCAGAAUGGAGUACCACCAGAGCAACGCUUGAGUAACAGCAAAUUUAUUGUGGAACCAGCGGCGCAAGUGGUCCCCACCUCGGUGGUCAAGUACCCGCAGCACAAUAUAUCCCGAUUGAAGUCGGAGGAGCCAUCGCCUGUUCCACCACCGGCCAGCGGGUCAGUGAGUGCUCUGUUCGCCAGUUCAGGCGGUGACAAGCCGGAGAAACCGGAGCGAAAGUUCAAUUCACGCGAGCUGAUCGAGAAGCAAAAGAAGUGGACCUCCCAUUUUACCAAGACCAAAACAACUCGGACGCACAGCGAUCUAAACCGCUGCGAUAUAAUACGUACAGUGCCCGGAACCGGGCUGAUCAUGGAUAGCGAAAAGGUGGCCAAACCGGCAAUGGAACCGCCACAACCUCCACCAAAUGCCAGUCCCAAUCCGCCAAUGCGAGCACAGGCUCCGCCAGAAAUCAAGCCAAGGAGCGGGAAGAUUGGCAGUCCGGUCAAGUCGCCGCCAUUGCCGCCCAUUCCGGCGGUCAAGCCAAAGAACGUGAGCCCGGUGAAGUUCAAUCCGGACAGGUUGCGUCAGUCGCCGACUAAAACUGCGGAUAAUUCUCCGCCACCACCUCCGGCCAAAUCGGCAGCUGUGCUUCAGAGAUCCCUGAUGCAGGAGCAGCAGGAGCUGUUGAGGAACUCCUGCGAUCAGGGCGUAGCCCCCAUUCCGCCGGAGAAGCCGCGCAAAAAGUCCGUAGAUCUCAUCGAGGACACUCUGCCCUUGACCAAUUGCUCCACGCCCUCAUCCUGCGCCUCGCCCACCAGCUCAUACUUAAUGCAGCCGGCCAAGAGGGGAUCGCUGGACGGCGGAUCCGGAAACGGACAGUAUCCCGGCAAUGGACUCAGUGGCAGCACCAAUUCGGCCACAUCUGGCUCACCGGUGGCCAGUGCCUCCUCGGGACCUUCGUCGCCAGUUCACACUGAAGAUGAAAAGCAGGAGAACGAGUCCACGGAGAAGUCGGAGAUGGAGUACUACCACGGAGGCAACUACAACAGUGUUCCCAGGCGACGACGCAGCGAAAAUGAAGGUCGCAAAUCUGUGGACGAAUCUUCGCCAUCGGCCAACAACUCCCAGCAACAGCAGCAACAUUCCAUUCCGGGCUCCGCCGCCGGAUCUCCACAGCGAGUGGCCAACAAGCGUAGCAGCAUCACGGUGAACAUGCCGGCCGCCGGUCUUGGCCAGCGUCCCCCGAGCAUUAUAUCGACCACCAGCCAGGACGAGGGUGGUUUCAAUGAGUCCGCGCCCGAGCUGAAGGCCAAGCUGCAGCCCGCCUACGACCAGACGGAGGAGCAGCCGCAUAGCCUGAAUUACGUGGACGUCGGCUAUCGCCUGAAUCCCGAUGGCAGCGAAAGUCGCGAGGUUUACGGAUCGGAAGCUGAACUCUACGACACGGCCAAGGUGACCGAUAUGCAGCGCAAGUUCCACGGAGCCAAUGGUUUUGGUCAGGAAUCGAGCACGGUUUACGCCAUUAUCAAGCCUGAUGUGCAGGAGUCCCAACCAGUGGCUCCCUCAAGAAGCGUUCUCAUCCAGUCUCCAAAUUCCUCCAGCGUGGAGGGAUCUCCACUGCAUCGCGGGUCGUAUAGUUCCCCACCCGUGGGUGUGGUUUCACCUAUAAGGCGGCGCAAUAGCAGCAAUCAGGAUCAGAGUGUUGGUGGUGGAGGCAGUGCCAAAACCACGCCCCAAUGCUCUCCCGCCCGUUCGGCCUUAGUAAAGGGCAUUGCCCCCAUUGCUUCGAUCGAUGCGCACGAAGAGGAGGAACUAGAUCUCGUAGAGGAGGACGAGCACCUGGCCGUGGAGUAUGUGGAGGUGCUGGAACUCCAGCAGGACGAAGAGGAGGAAGAGGCUCCGGUCCUUCCCGAGCGACGAGCUCCGGCUCAAGGCUCCCUUGAGCUUCAGGACUUGGAGUAUGCCGAUACCAGCGCUGGCGAGGAUGAGGAGGACAUCAUAAACCAUCUAAAGGACGGCGAUGUAUUGGAUGUGGAACUAAUCGACGAUGUCGUGGAUGAGGUGAUCAAGGUUCAUGUGAAUCACAGUGUGGCCACUGCCCCUUCGAUUCAAGCUGCUACACCAGCUGCAGCGAUUCCACGGGAGGAUAGCCUGCCGGAUGACAUGACCGCCGCCGAGGCCGAAAGAUUGUUGAGCUCUAGCAUUUUGGAAAACAAAAUCAGACAACAGUCGCUGCUGUCGGACGAACAGGCCAAGGAAGUCGAGCAAAUACUCAACGCCGCCCCCAGCGUGGGCGUGGCAGUUGCUACCGUUGUUGCCACAGCAACAUCGCCGACCAGCAUCAAGAAUCUCAUUGAGGAUUUGCCCGGGCAAUCGGCAGUCGCCGCCAGCGCUGCCAACGGGGAGCAGGACAUUCAAAUCGCAGCUGUCCCAGCAAUUGUCGAGGAGGACGAGGACGAAGAGGAGGACUUCCCGGAGGACGACGAGGAGGACCACGCCAGGGCCGAUUUUGAUGCCAACGGCGGUGACGCUGACGGCGAUUCCGAUGACGUUGAAGCCGUGGACAUUGUGGGCUAUGGCCAUGCAUCCACAGCUCUGAAUGCCACCUUCGUCAAGGCCGACAGCACAGAGACAGAGACAACCACCACUACACCUUCGACAGCAACCACAGCCACCACUCGCCACGACGACGACGAGCCCGAGUGGCUAAGGGAUGUCCUAGAGGCACCCAAGCGCAGCCUAGAGAACUUGCUUAUCACAUCCGCCACUUCGUCCAGAGCACCUGGUCAGCGUGAAGAGCUGGAAAACGGCUACGAUCUACAUGAGAAACAUUCCGAUCUCAAUCAAACGUAUAUUACUGGUGGGGAAUCACUGCACGAGUCGAUAGUUUCCGUGGAGUCCACGCAAUCGGAUGCCACACUCAAUCAGACCACGACCAUCGACGACAGUAUCAUCUCCAGCAAGCACAAUUCCACCUACUCCCUGGCAGAUGCCGAACAGGCCACCAGCUCUACGGUUUUGAGCACUGGCGUUACCGAACUCGACGACAGUCAGUACUACAUACCAGAAUAUCCGCCAGUUAGAAGCAAGGAGGUUCUCGUAGAGGCCGGAGUCCAUUACUUCGAAGAUGGCAACUUUUGGAUGGAAGUGCCUGGUCUCUUAGACUUUGACGACGACGACUGCUCUUAUCCGCCCAUCACUGUACGCAAGAAUCCCAAGGUUCGCUUUAGUUCCGGACCCAUCCACGUGUACUCGACUUUUUCCGUAAACGACUACGAUCGCCGGAAUGAAGAUGUUGAUCCGGUGGCCGCUUCGGCGGAAUACGAGCUCGAAAAGCGCGUGGAGAAGAUGCAUGUCUUCCCCGUGGAAUUGAUGAAGGGUCCUGAGGGUCUGGGUCUCAGUAUAAUUGGUAUGGGCGUUGGCGCCGAUGCAGGCUUAGAGAAACUAGGAAUCUUUGUGAAAACCAUUACCGACAACGGCGCAGCAGCCAGAGACGGUCGCAUUCAGGUCAACGAUCAGAUUAUCGAGGUGGACGGCAAGAGUCUCGUGGGCGUUACACAGGCAUAUGCAGCAUCAGUACUGCGCAAUACUUCCGGUCUAGUCAAAUUCCAAAUCGGACGCGAGCGCGAUCCUGAAAACUCUGAGGUAGCCCAGCUCAUACGACUGAGUUUGCAGGCCGAUCGUGAAAAAGAGGAGCGCUUGAAGCGCCAACAAGAGGAGUACCUGCGCCGCACUCUCGACUAUUCCGAGGACUCCACUCAGCCGGUUUCGGCCAACUCGAGUGUCUGCGAGGGACCCUCGAGUCCCGUCCAAGUGGAACAUCCAAUGGAGGUGGAGGCCACCCACUCGCAGGAGGUAGAGUCGCUCAAGCGGCUGCUACAGGAGAGCGAAAUGGGUUGCCUGGUUAAAGAGGAGAUUAUUCAAAAUCUUAAACGAAAGCUGGUCAAGCUCGAGACGACGGGCAAUGAGAACGAGCUGCUUAGCGAGCGACUGCGGCAAAGCGAGCGGGAGCUGGGCAAUAUCCGGAAGGAGGCGGCCAACCUGCAGAACAUGCUCCAGCAGUCGCAGGGUCAGUAUAUGGCGCUGGACAAGAAGUACAACAAGGCCAAGCGGCUGGUCAGGGAGUACCAGCAGCGAGAGCUGGACAUGUGCCAUCGCGAGGAGUUCUACCAGCAGCUGCUCCAGGAGAAGGACACCGAGUACAAUGCGCUGGUGAAGAAGCUGAAGGAUCGUGUGAUUAAUCUGGAACACGAGCUGCAGGAGACGCAGCGCAAGGCCGGUUUUCCAGUGGGCCUGCCCUACGAUAGUGCCACUCUGAAGUUGACGCCCCAGAUGAUGCGUAAGACGCCGCCAAAGCCGCUCUUCCACAAGCUCGAGACGGAGCUGUCGGAUACGGAGAUAUCAGAUCUCUCACCCGACGGCGAUGGCGUUAAGACAGCCACUGUGGAGCGUAAGGUUCCGGUCAAGGACGAACUGGAUGCGGCAGUGCCGCAGCACGAGCUGCUGGAUAACUCGAUUAACAAAACCAAAAUCGAUCUGGCCUCCCGUGGUGGUUUAGCCAACCGCCAGUUGCCCUCAGCAAAUGGAAACAGUAGCACAUCGAAUGGAGCCGCCGUUGAUCUUGGCCAGCUUUCGAAUGGGAAUCUGCUCAAGCGCAGCCGGAGCAACAGUCGCAGCUCGGACUGCACGCUGGAUGACACGGAUGAGGAGGAGGAGCGAGAGGGCUCGGCAUUGAACCUAGCAGGCGCUCCUGUCGCCCAUGAAACCAUCAGUCUCUCCAAUGGCAACUCGCAUCUGCUGGCCAACGUGAAUAAUCUGCUGCAGCACCAUCCGCCGGCAAUGGCCACAGUGAUCGCCACACCUUCAAAUGGCCACCUGGGCACCACCACGCCCAUUCUGUUGAACUCCACCUCCUCCGCCUCGUCCAGUUCGUCCAACCAAUCGACGGCACGUGAGGCACAGAUCAACCAGCUGUAUGCCCAGGUGCACAAGGAUCCCAGCAAGCAGCAACAUCAGCAGCAGCAGCAACAACAGCAGCAGGCCCAGGCCGUGACCACCAGUAUUCCUAGCAUUUUCAAGAACGCUUUGGGUUCUCCGGCGGACAAUGGACUCAACGACUUUCAUCGCGGCAGCAUGACCACCUUUGGAACAGGUCCAGCCACAAGCAGCAAUCGUGAUCUCAACAGCUCGUACGACUCUAUCCUGGGCUCCAACGAUAAGCUAGCGGAGAACGAUCCCGCCGAGAGUUGGAUGUAUCCCAGCAGGAGGCGAGUGGCACCGAAUGGCAGCAAAGUCCCACUGCCAGGAUCCAGCUUUACUGAUCAACUCAACCAGGCGCUGUCCGAUCGAGAGAGGCGACUCGGCGAUGGAUCCUCGCGACAUUCUAGCGACGAUUACACGGAGAUUAACAAGAGCCAGAGCGCCGCGGCCAUCAACUGCAAGACGCUGAUCAACGAGAUCCGCCAGGCGGUGAACGAAGCACAGCCCAAAGUGCCCUGGCAGCAGCAGCACCACCAGCAAAUCCAGCAGCAGCCGUCCGCCCACACCACCGGUCCGCCGUCGCCCACCAGCAUGUCCUCGGGCUGCUCCUCGCCCGGAUACUCCCCCAGCCGCACCCUGGACCUGUCCGGUUCCAGCUCUAGUUUCUCCGAUCGCAAGGCGAUGGCAGCGGGGUAUACCUACAAGGGUGGCCCUGUUCAUGAAUGGACCAAGGAUCAGGUGGGACACUGGCUGAUGGGCAUCGAGCUGGAGCGUUACAUCCCCGUCUUCAAGGAGAAUAACGUGGAGGGCGGAGCUCUUCUUACCCUGGACUCAAAGGACUUCAAAACCUUGGGUAUCUGUGGCGACGACAAGCAUCGUCUGAAGAAGCGUCUUAAGGACCUGAAGGCCAACAUCGAGAAGGAGCGCAAGGAUAUGGAGAGGGAGCGAAGGGAGCGCGAAAAGGCCAUACGCAAGGCCGAGAAGAAGGCGGCCAAAAAGAAGUAGUUGAAUUCUAGUUGAUAAGCAUCAAAGUAGCCAAAAACCAAAAGCAUACGCAGUAUAUAUUGUAGUCUAUAUACAUACAUGCAUACACAACACACACAAGGAAAACACGCGCGUAUAUAUAAACAUAUAUCUAUUCGGUUAUAUAUUUAUAUGCAUGUAAUGAUAAUAUAAUUUAUUUGUACAACAUACAUCUAUUAUACAUACGUACUACAUUUUAACCUAUCGAACCUAAUGGCAACUAGACGUAAUUAUUCUAAAAGAAAGAAAAGCAAGAAAAGCAGCAAGUAGCAGAUCAGGGUCAGGAGUGGUAGUGUAGCAGUAGAUCUCGGUUAGAAAUGACCCCGAAUCCCACACUCAAACCGGGCCCAAUAUCCAACCGAUGGCACUCAGACUUUCCCGACUAAAAAUCGAACUCACAACCAAAAGAAGAAGCUAAGUAACUAACAAGAAGGCGUUGGACUGACUGAUUUUAUGAUUAAUUUAAAAAGAAAAACAAACAAAAGGAAUUCUUUUUUAAGCCAACCAAAACCAAAAUGAACCAUUUGAAUUGGAGUUGCAAACAAAAGCAUAUAGAACACUUAAGGAAUUCGCUGAACAGACUUGAACGGUGUAAGAGCUGCUUCAAAUAAAAUACGGAAUAUAAGGUUAAUAUUGUAAUAACGUUUAAGUUAAUGCAAGGCAGCACCCAAGGGAGUGUCUCGUUUUUCUAAUUAUUAAUCUGUGUAAUUUAAUGACUAGCGCAUAUUCAAUAAUAUUCAAUUCUAGAUAUACAUAUACAUAUGUGUGUGCAACAGUUAUAUGUCAAGACAUUUACGGAACGUACUGUACUAUCCCCUAAAAAUUAAUGCUAAAGUAUUGUACUGUAUGCUAUGCCUGAAAGUCAUUUAAGUACUUAAGUGUAGAGAAGCUAGUGGAAGUGUGUGUUUUCUGUUACCAACCGGGCUGCCAGGAAACUAACUAACUAACUGAAAUGCAGUCGGUUACAUUUCGAGCAGUUUCAGCAGCCAAAUCAAUGCAAAGUGUCCACCCAAAUUUGUUAAGCAGCCAAAAAAGAAAAAGGAAGCAAGCAGCUUCAAGAGCGAUUUCUAUUCGUUAGCAAGUAUGUCUGUGUGAAUGGGCGUGAUUGUAGCUUUAAUUUCAAUUUACUUUUUGUAUAAAUAUUUAUGGAACCUUUAGUAUUCGUAUUUCAUAUUCUUAGUUGUUUGUAUUUACUUCGUGUGUACUUGUGUUGUGUACGUAGUUUUAUUUACCUUAUAAUUUCGAAAUGUUGCAAUAAAACCGCAUACAUAUGCCGGUGUAUGUAUAACAAAUCAAGGCUCAUUCUACUUAUCAGAUAGCAUCUGGUUGAAUAAUUCGACUCCCUGUGAAUGCAACACCACCUAAUCGAGGGCCACAACAAUCCAACCGACUUUGAUUUAUCGAGGAAAAACCAAAUUUAGCAACUAGUCCUUGGUUGAUUACCAAUUAGCAUAUAAUACUUAUCAACAUACGUAUAUACGAAUACUCUCUUCUCUCUAUCACUCUGUCUCUAUUUGACUUUAAGACCCCGGCCGCGGCCAGAAGGAGACUCCAUCCCACCGGAAUGGAGGAUCCUGUGGACCUGACGGCCGGCAGCGCAUAAUCACCGCAUGUGUCUCACUCGUCUCGUCGCAAGUCCUUAAUAUAGCUUUUGAAAAGCUCGCCUCUAAACAGUGCCACCAACGAAAACAAAAGAAAAUCAACCGUUAUUACUUACGAAAAAACGAUAAAAAAAACACCUUUAAAAACGAAUAACUAAAUCAGUAAAUUCAGAGGCGGCUCGCCUGCGAUUUUGAACGCAAACUUCCGGUUUUUCUGGGCAUCCGGCCUUUCGAAAAACCGGUUUCAGAUCGCAAGCGUGCCGUAUUCCAAGAUAAUUGUUAUUUUUUUGAAUAUGUACCUCGGUUAAAGUUUAUUUUUGGGUAAUUGUUUGUAAGCGUUUUUUACACCAUCAAAAAAGAAAAGAAAAAAAUGCAAAAAAAAAAACUAACAAUCAAAAACCAGUUUGAAAUUCGUAAAAUUAAUGAUACAAGUAAUUUAGCUGUUGCCCCGAAAUUCUUAAAGAGUAGGGGCCAGUCGCAUAACAUAAAAAAAAACGAAAUGUUUGAGCCUACGGAACACAUUCGUGCCUUUUUCAUUGCGAAAAACCGUCCCAGAACCAGAAUAACCGAUCAGAGGAUGCGAAUGCCAUCUAUUCGGGUCUCCAGUGGAUACCGUCAGCAUCCGAAAUCGUAGAGCCCGAGAUUCUCUGUCACGAAUACGUUGAAACACCUAAAUCCCGCAAAUGCCUUAAAUCAAGAAAAUUAUAUUACCCAUUAGAUAUCCAACAUUACUCAGUUCGCUUGUAGGUUUUGAAGCAUUUUCGAAAUACAUAUUUUAGUUCUCCGUUUGCAAACAAAGUUGACUGGAUUUUGUGUCCCCGACACGUAGAGGUGUGAAUUUAUCUGGAGUUUCCACAAACCAUUUCUCUCUUUUGAAAUAUUCCGAAAACGUUCUUCAUUUCUUUAUGUUUUCCCAACAUUCGCUUCGUAUUUGAGUUGGUCCUUUUUUUGUUUCGUCCUAUCAGUUCGGUUUCUAUAUUGGUUUGUUCAAAUCUAUUGCAGUUUGUGUAUUUUUUGAGUGUACUGUUUAUAUUUGCAAUAAAAUUAAGGCGGUCCCAGGAGAUAAUUAAUACUUGGGCCAAUCCCCAAUGAGGUGGAAUUAAAAAGAUAUUUAUACAACUAUACAAAAUAAUCUAUUCGUCGAUUGGUCAGCUUGCUUCAAUCUCUGUUGCCAUUUUAUUGAUACUUUCACGCAUAUAAAUUGGAAAUUAGAUUACCCUUCCCUCAAAUUAUAAAAACGGAAUUGGUCAGCGCAAAAAGUAUUGUGAAGGUUUAUAAAAGAAACACUACACUUAGCAAUUAAUGCGACUAGCCAAUUAUUAUUGAUGACAGCACUGCAAUUAGCUAAACAAGUAAAUUGAAAAGUAAAAAUCGCAACCAAAUCUUUCAAAUCAUGGAAAAUAAUAAAUCUCAAAAUCAGUGCUAAUAAAUAUACUCUGAAAU